AUGUCAGAUACGGACACUGUGUGGUGUUCGGUUUGUGGUAAUGCUGUGUCAUCAUUUGCCAACUAUUUAAAACACUUACGUCGAAAUCACGAUGCUGAGGGAGCCAAAAUCGCUACAGAGCUUGUAAAAGAAAGAAGGAAUACAGCCUGUGCCUUGAAGCCGUACAAAUGCCCCUUUUGUGAAAUCAGGGGUGUGUCAAAACCAGCUUUGAAAAGGCACAUUUACAGGUACCAUAGAAAACAUUUCGAUCCACGUCGGAACUCCAUCGUCCACGCAUAUAAGAAAGAGCACACGUCGCAAAUGAUAGAUUGCGGUAUCAUGGCUCGUGCUACAGUCACUUGUCCUGGAUGUCAGGAGCAGUUCCGCACACAUUACGAUCUCGCCCUUCAUUGUGGUGAUGUACACAGCAAGGAAGAUGGCCAAGACUUUUCAAUUAUUCAAGGCACUUUUCCUGACGAGAGAGAUUUCAACAUGUGGAUGGAUUCGAUAGAAGUUCUGACGAAAGUGCGAUUUAUAAAGCGAACAUCACGACCCUGCAGAGGUGGCAAGUGCAGCUAUGUUUUCACUUGUGGACAUGCAAGAGGAAAGGGAGACGCAAUUGAUCCGAAAGAAAUGCGCCACCGAUUUUCACAAAGUAAACGAGUUCACUCUCAUUGUCCAGCUUUUAUUAAGAUUACGGAGAACUCUGAAGAAGGAUCGCAAGAACUGCACUACGUUGCGUGUUUGGGUCAUCUGGGGCAUAAGACAGGUGAUGCACUAAUCGAAGCUGAGAAGAGCAUGAAUAAACUCUUUAACAACCAUAACAAACACAAAGAAGCUCUACGAUACUAUGGCAAUGAUCAGGAUAUGAUAAUCGAGUUGGAGAAUAACACUUGGGCUGUUGUAGCUGAAGGAGGCGGUGAACAUUACGUAGAAAUUGGUGAACCUUGCGGAUGUGAAGUAGCGAGUGAUGUUCAUUGUGAUCGAUGUAGCGCAUGUAGCUACCAGAUGAAGUGUGACUGUAUGGAACCAGGUCAUACCGGCUCACCUUGUAUUCACUGCCAUGCUGUGGCGACAUAUUCAGAGAAGGCUCGUCAACUCAUCCCUCUUGUUAAACAUCAUCUCGCAAGCGACUGCUCCAAAACUUCGCGAACAUCGCGAGGUCUUCAAAAGACAAAAGUGCCCGACACAGCAUACGUCUCAGAUGAGGAGAUGUAUGAAGUUACGAAUUCUAUCAAAAAAGGAUCGCCUGAGCCAUCACAGAACAUGGAUACUAACGCAAGUACGCUAUCGUACCAGACAGAGACGCCUCCAUGCAAAGUAACAAAGACCAAGAAACAGGCACAGUUAGAAUACGAGCAGCUGCAAGGGCUAGAACAACGUCUAGAUCUACUGGCUAAGACUUGUAUGCUCAGCAAUAUGCCUCAUGUUAUUCGAGAAAUGCGUGCUACAAUCGAGAAUAAAUUGAGAGAAAUACUCAGAGAUCGUGGUACAGCUACGUGGACGUCACCGAAGAACCGAUUGCUACCAUUGAGGCAAGACGCACGGCAGAAAAUGAGUCAAUCUCCAGAAGCAAAAGGAGAUUUAUCGGCCACCGAACAGGCUAUUCACGAUUUGCUGACUUCUGCACCUCCAUCUGAAAUGGUUUCUGAGCAUAAACAAGAAGAUAACAAAGAGCACAUUCUGAGUCGCAUCGCUGGAUUUGAAGCUGCAGUGAAAGCGUCGCGGGAAAUGCAAGUUGAUACGGUUGCUGAUAUGCCGUGCACUUCCCACCAAGUCGAUGAGGGUAACUUGGAUGAGCAACGCAAUCUCACAGAGAAAAUGGAUAUCGAACCCCAAUAUCAAGAUCCGAAAGCCUCUCCAUCGGAAACACAUGAAGAUGUGGACCGAUCUGCAUACGAGUUUUCCAGUAUUGAUUCGGAAUUAGCGAAAGGUCCUCGUCGAGUGCUCAAACGGAUAUAUGUGAAACGAGGCCCGGAUUUGUUGUUAAAAAGAGUGGUCGUGAGACCGAGAUCUCCAGGUAAGGCUGAAAUGAAAAACCAACCUCUAUUGAGUCAGGAAAGCAGCGAGGAUCAAACAGCAAAAGAAAGUCAACCAGACAAUACACCAAAGGUCAUAAAGCGAGUAGUAGUCAGAGCUCCUAGAACGGUCCACACAAACUUGCCGAUUAGGGUGCAGCCAACUUCAACGUCAUCAACGGGACAAAAUGAGAUUCGAUUUGUAAAGCCACUGAAGGUCGUCGAACGUGUUAUGGGCAUUGCAAAAUCUGUACGUGAAUACUUCACUUUGCAUGCUUUGCGCUUAUUCUUAGAACAAGGAGUACCCGGCGGCCGAAAAGAGGCGGAAUCUUGUAAGAACACAGCCCUUACCGCGAAGCAACAAAAUCGCACGAACAUCCGAAUUGAUCAGGAAGGGCGUCUCUCCACCACUCAUCCGGAGGACAGAUGA